GAACGACCGACCCCUCGGAGUUGGUGGGAAUCAGCCAAACGCCGCUCCUGCGAAUGACACCUUGCUUGACGCGCCUAGCUCAGUGAGAGUACGUUUUCCCUCGGAACCCUACGAACCGCGCUACUUAGGUUUUGAGCGAACCGCUCUAGAACGCAAAUCACCGUACGAACCGCGCCGAAGUGAAGUGUGGUGACACGGCCUACAUACCUGCUGGAUUCCUGCUGAGUCUCGUUUCUGGCUGACCGCGGCGUCCUGUUGGGCUCGGAUUAGUCAGCUCGGCCUGCAGCGGCACUCGCAACCCGCUCGUGCGCGUCGCUGCAUCGCAGCAAAGUAGCCCUCGCACUAUCUGUCGUCGUCGCGCCGUCGCCGGCCCCCAUGGCGACGUUCGAGGCGUACGAGCGGCAGUUCACCGACAUCGUCGACGCCCUCUCGCGCGCCGGGCAGUCGAGCCACUGCCUGCACGAGCUGAAGCGACGCGUGGACGACGCCGACUCGCUCAUUCGCCAGAUGGAUCUCGAGGCGCGCUCCCUUCCCCCCGCUGACCGCGCGCACCUCUUGGCGCGACUGCGCGCACACAAGCUCGCGCUGCUGGCGGCCAAGAAGCGCGCCAAGGAGAUGGCUGGGGACGCGGGGGAGGGGGGAGCGGUGGCGGGGCAACGGGGGGGGGGAGGGGGGCUGAGAGCGGCGGAGGAGCGAGCAGCGCUGAUGGAAGAAGGCAGGGACUAUGUGCCUCUAUCGGAGGGGAAGGGUUGCAUGGUGCAUUGGUGGACCUGGCACGGCACCGACUGCCCGGAGUUGGCCAAGCUUGCUUGCCGUGUCCUCACUCAGCCGGUGUCUGCUUCUGCAUGCGAGCGCAACUGGGCAGUGUGGGAUUCGGUCCACACUGCUUGGCGCAACAAGCUCGGCUCGGAGAAGCUGAAGGAUUUGGUUUACAUUGCGCACAACUGAGGGGGCACGGGAGGCUGGUGU